CAAAGAAGAAGAGUUAACAUAGGAAUCGCGCUGCUGAAUCCAUCGAAACUUGUGAUACUUGACGAACCGACAGCGGGAAUUGAUCCAAAGACACGACGUCAUAUUUGGAAGCUGCUUAAACAGAUGCGUUCAAAGGGCAGAGCCUUAGUGCUCUCUUCACACUCGAUGGAGGAAUGUGAGGCGCUUUGUUCGUGCUUAGGUGUACUUGUUAAGGGAAGGUUUGUGGCGAUAGGAGCAAGUCAGACACUCAAAUCAAAGUAUGCCAAUAACUACUUCCUUCUCACAAUUUUGAAAUCACUGGACGACAAAAAAAAGGUAAUAGACGCGGUUCUAUCUACAUUCCCAUCAAGCGAGCUGGUCACAAAACAAGAGGAUACAUUGAACCUCAAAUUCAAGAUUCCACGCAGAGAAGGGGACAAGCUUUCGGAACUCUACGAAAAAGCACAAACAAUGGCAACCUCGCUCUCGCUCAGUGACUUUUCUUUACUACAGGGUUCACUAGAAGACGUUUUUGAGUUCUUGAAAAAAAAGUACGAAGACGAAAACCUUGAUGUUUGAAUAAAUAGCUUCAAAUCUUAGAAAAUUAGUAUUCAUGUAGUCGUUUUCAAAUU